AUGAAAACCCAACCCAAUGACACGAGUAAGAAGAAGAACAAGUCAAGUGGGUAUGUUUUGGCUAGAGCCAUAAUUCCAUAUUCUCCUGUCAACAUCUCGGGUGGGGGUCUAGUGGCGGUUGGUUCUAGUAUCUACAACAUUGGUGGAUCCAGUUUCUCUAGUAGCGUCUCUGUGGAGCGAGGCUCAAAGCUUCCGGGUUGCUACAACGAUGGUAAUAAUCCCGAUUCCUUGAAGGACUCGAUCGAGGUGUUUGACACAGAAACACAAAUUUGGGAUCCUUUACCCAUCCCUUGGAGCGAGAGAAAAUGCACUAGUUGCUCCAAAAGCGCAUGUGUUGACGGAAAGUUCCAGUUGGAGACUGGCAGAGAUGUUGUUGCUUACAAUUCCAAGGAAGGUAGAUGGGACUUGGUUGGACUGAGACCGAAGCAUUCAAAUUCUUAUUAUUGCGAGAUAGAGAAUGUUAUGUACUCUGUUUCUGGUAGUUAUUUCAGUUGGUAUGACAGUGAGGUAAGCGAAUCGAGAAAAUUGAAGGGUUUGGUAGGACUAACUAAGUUUCCUCGUACUACUUGUGUUAGAUUGGCUGAUUAUGGUGGAAAGAUGGCGGUUUUGUGGGACGAUGAUUUACCUCUUAGCGACUAUGAUGAUAAAUGCUCUUUCCAUUUGAUGACUAAAAUAAAUAUGACUUUGAAGCAAACGUUUGUUCUCUCUCUUAAUGAAAACAACACACAAUUUGAAGAGUAUCGUAGAUGCCGUCGGAUUUGCUUCUGCUCUCUAGGGUUUUCUCGCGAUCUUCGUGGUGUCAAUGGAAAGGAGGAGUUUCUCAAAGGGGUUAAUCGAGUGGAGGGGUUUCUCAUCGAUCCAUUGGGUUCUUCUUCUAGGGUUUUUACGGAUGGUACGAUUCAGGUUAGGGUUCCUAAAGUCGUUCCUGCUUCUCAGACGGUUUCCGCAGCUUCGAAUUUGGGAGAAGAAGCUUCGGCGCAGAAGAAGCGUGUCGCUCUUCAGAGACAGGCUGCAGUUACGGUGGAAGCUGCCGAGGAUUAUGCUCGGAGGUUUGAAUCUGGUGUCAAUGAGCUUUCCUCUAAAGACCUUGCUGGUGAAGAACUAGCUCAGUCUGGCAUGAAUAUAAUGUGCAGAAUGUGUUUCUUAGGAGACGGCGAAGGAAGUGAGAGAGCAAGGAGGAUGCUCGCCUGUAAAAACUGUGGAAAGAAGUACCACACGAAUUGUGUAAAGUCUUGGGCCCAACAUAGAGAUUUAUUUCAUUGGAGUUCAUGGUCUUGUCCCUCGUGCCGGGUUUGUGAGGUCUGCCAUAAAACAGGAGAUCCUAACAAGUUCAUGUUCUGCAAAAGGUGUGAUGCUGCUUACCAUUGCUAUUGCCAACAUCCUCCACACAAGAAUGUAAGUUCUGGGCCAUAUCUGUGCCCAAAGCACACAAGAUGCCACAGCUGUGAUUCUACUGUCCCUGGAAAUGGCCUAAGUGUCAGGUGGUUUUUAUCAUAUACCUGCUGUGAUGCUUGUGGCAGAUUAUUUGUGAAGGGAAAUUAUUGCCCUGUAUGCUUGAAGGUGUAUAGGGAUUCAGAAUCAACACCGAUGGUAUGCUGCGAUAUUUGUCAGCGUUGGGUGCAUUGCCAUUGCGAUGGAAUAAGUGAUGAGAAAUAUAUGCGGUUUCAAGUUGAUGGAAACCUACAAUACAAAUGUGCUACAUGCCGUGGGGAAUGUUAUCAGGUGAAGGAUCUUCAGGAUGCAGUUCAAGAACUUUGGAAGAAAAAAGAUGUGGUGGACAAAGAGUUGAUUGCUAGUCUGAGGGCUGCUGCUGGUUUGCCAACAGAGGAAGAAAUAUUUUCGAUAUCUCAGUUUUUAGAUGAUGAAGAAAAUGGACCUGUGUCUGGGCGUUCACUGAAGUUCCCUGUGAAAGGUUUGGUGGAAAAAUCCCCAAAGAAAAGCAAGGAGUAUGGGAAGAACUCUCUAAAUAAAAAACAUAGUAAAAAAGGUAAUCACACUAAGUUAGAGCCCCAACAGGAUUCUGAACUUCAUCAGGAGAUUGAAUCUGAGAGACGCAGACUAGGUGGUCCUAAAGUUGAUAGUGUGGGGUUUCAGAUAAAUGAACGAUCUGAUGUUCAUUCUUCUGUUGCUGGAAUUUGCUCAACACAUGAACCUAUGAUUGUAAAACACAAGAGGGUUGAUGAUGUUAUGGUGACUGAUGAGGAAAAGCUGUCAAGGAUAGUCAGAAUAAAGUGUAGCAAGCCUAGCGAGGAGAAAGCUGUAAAGACAAAGAAGUUGGUCAUUAGUCUGGGUGCUAGGAAAAUAAAUGUUAGUGAUUCUUCGAAGUCCAGUAUUGUAUCAAGGGACAAAGAUCAGUCCUCUUCGGGUGGGGAUAAAGUUGAUCAGACUGGCGAAGUACAAACCCUAAAAAUUGCUGGAAGGUUUGGGAAAACUCAAUCUGAAGGAAGUAAAAAUACAUUUGGGUCGAUCACACAGUUCCCUGCUUCAACAAGUGGGGGAAAUCAUGUGGAUGAUAAAACAUCCAUCUCACCAUCUUUACCAAAAGAAGGAAGACCUCUACUGAAAGUUAAACUCAGGAAACCUAAUUCCGGAGAUCAAACAUCUCUGAUUACAACGCAGUCUGAGGAUGAAAAACUGAGUUUGGCAAGGGGUCAAAGAUCAAAGAGAAAGAGACCUUCAAGCUUAGUGGACAAGGGUUCUCUGAAGGAAGACGGUGAAGCUACAACACAUUCUCAUCAGGAUAGUUCAAGGAAUGACGAGAUGAUGGAUGCUAACUGGAUUUUGAAGAAGUUGGGUAAAGAUUCAAUAGGAAAGAGAGUCGAAGUCCAUGGAUCUCAAAACUCAUGGCAUAAAGGAACAGUAACAGACAUUACUGAAGACACGUCCACAUUGUCGGUUUCACUGGAUGAUGGAAGCAUCAAGAUGUUCGAACUUGGAAAGCACAGCGUUCGCUUCAUACGGCAGAAGCAAAAGAGGUCGAGGAGUUGA